AUGUCUGAGAAAGAAAUAUAGCAAAUGAUGCAAGAGAUUUAAGAGCAUCGCCGAAAGGAAAGAGAUUUCACUUCACUUGAAGAUCAGAUACGAUGCUUAUCACGCAGAUUUGAUUAGCUAUAAAAUGGGGAAGCUGAAGAAGAGAAUGAAUUAAAGAGGAGAUUAGAGGACUAAUAAGAUGAAAUAGAAAACCUCAAAAACUUUUUAGAGGACUUGAGGAACUAAUAAAGAAAUUAAAAGAGAAAUCAUGAAAACUUAAAGGAAUAAUACAUUCAGCUAUAUCAUUAAGAGGGAGAGAAGAAUGCUGAGUUAGCUGCAUUAAGAGGAGAUACGACUAAGUAGUUUACGAGUGUGAAUUAACUUGAAUAGGAAAUUCAAGAGUAUAAGCAAAAUAAUCAAAGACUGAUGGAUGAGAAAUAAGAACAAAUAGCAGAGAAGAAAAAACUAGAAGCUUAAGGUCAUCAAUACAUGCAAUAAGCAUAGAAAUAUGCUGAUGAGAUUAAGAUUAUUGAUAUUGAGAUGCAGGAAAAAGACUCUGAAAUCAAAGAACAAGAAUACCAGGUUGAGAAAAUUAUUAACGAUAUUAAUCAAAAGAGAGCUGUAUUGGAUGAAUCUAAUGAAUAGUUGCAGGAGAUUUAAAGUAUGAUUGAAUAACUCAAAGCCAAGAAUUAGGAUUUGAGAAAGCAAGAGCUAGAUGCUGAGAAAAAAGUUCAUUAGUUAACAAAAGAGGUCAGGGAUCUUGGUGACUAAAAGAACUAGCUUGAAAAGGAAAAUCAGCUUGUUAAAGAGGCUGCUAUUUAGAAGGAAAGAGAAAUAAGAGGUGCUUAGGAUUAAAUGAAUAAUGAGAAAAAGAGGGAAGAAAAUUGUAUAGAAAAGAGAGAGGCAUUACUAACUAGAAUAGACCAGAUGAAUUCAAAAAGUUAAGCUCUUGAGAUAUAGCAACAGAAUAUGGAGAAGUAGAUGAUGGAGUUCAUUGAGGAAAAUGAAAAGAUUAGUAAAACUCUUUACCAAAGAGAUGUUGAAGCAGAGAGGAUGAGAUCUAAAAAUAGGUAAAUAUUGGCUCAUUCAGAAAAUCAUUUAAGGUAGUCUAAGUCACCCAGAAGGAAUUAUUGA